AUGGACACCAUCAAGGAGAUCGUGCGCGACGCACCUUUUGGCCAACUCGUCCGUUACGCAACACGUAACCGCUUCUUCAAGUAUCCAGAAGAGUUACCUGGGUUCAAAAUCCCAUCUGCGUAUAUCGAGAAGGAUACCAGUGCGUCAGCUUCACAGAGCCAGGCUCACUCCGACAACUCCGCAGCUGCCAUUAGACAGUCCAUCUCAACCCCAGCUACUACAGAUUCCCCUCAAGUCGACCUCGAAAAACCCCACUCAAGAACCGCAGAAGGAGUGAACGCAUCCGACCGCAACUCAACCUCAACAGCACCCCUCCCGUCGCAUGCCCUCCCUUUCAGCCCCUCACGCCUCGAAGCCGACCUAGCCCUUCACGCCACCCACUCACCCGCCCAUGGCAUCGCCCCCGUUAAAACAGCCGACGGCCUUAUACUAGCCGAAUGGUACACCACGACCGACACUGCGAACCCGCAGAAUUGGUCGCAGGGCAAGAAGGCAUGGACGGCUUUCUUGAUCUGUCUCUAUACGUUCAUUGUGUAUGCGGGUAGCUCGAUCUAUGUUAGUAGUACGCUGCUGGUUAUGAGAUAUGGCAUUGGGCCGUUGUUGUUUGCGCCUUUGAGUGAGGUACCACAACUCGGCAGAAACAUACCAUACAUCACUACUUUCGCGCUCUUCACCAUCCUCACUUUACCAACUGCACUGGUAGACAAUCUCGGCGGCUUCCUGUUCCUUCGCUUCCUACUCGGCUUCUUCGGAAGCCCCUGUCUAGCGAACGGCGGAGCUACGAUGCAGGAUCUGUACUCUCUGCUCCAUAUACCGUACGGCCUAGCUUUCUGGACAGCAGCAGCUUUCGCUGGACCAGCUCUCGGGCCUCUUCUAUCUGGAUUUUCCGUCUAUGCGGAGAACUGGCGAUGGUCUCAAUGGGAACUCCUCUGGAUGGCCGCCCCGGUCUUCCUCCUCUUUUUCUUCUUCCUCCCGGAAACACAGCCUACGACCAUCCUUCUCCACCGAUCUGCCCGCCUACGUGCGCUAACCGGCAAUCCGAAUAUUCAUACCCAAACCGAGAUCGAUCGCAAAGGCACCAAGUUCUCUGCAACACUCCUCGACACUCUCAUCAAGCCUUUGGAAAUCUGCGUCAAAGACCCCGCUCUCUUCUUCAUCAACGUCUACUCCGCGCUGACAUACGGUAUCUACUACUCUUUCUUCGAGGUCUUCAAUAUGGUUUAUCUGGAGAUAUAUGGGUUCAGCGUCGGCCAGAUGGCGAUUGUGUUUUUGUCCAUCAUCGUGGGGUGCGUUCUUGCUAUGACGAUUUACUUUUCCUAUCUGAGGUUCUACCUCAUACCGGAUAUCCUCAAGCAAGGACUGAGACCCCAAGAGCAUAGACUCGUGCCGGCGAUUUUCGCGAGUUUUGGGGUACCGAUUGGGUUGUUCAUCUUUGGUGAGUCUGACCACACAACGAGGACUGAGACUUCAGGCACUAACAGCGAUUUUGCGUAG